GCGCCGGGGAGCGGGAUCGUGAGGCCAUGGCGGCUGUGGGGGUCAGCAGCGCGGGGAUCCCGUUUCCCUCCCUCGGAUGGGAGUCGCGCUCCCCUCUUGGCUGGGCCGCUGGUGCCGGUCCAGUGCCCAGCGCCCAGGCCGGUGCUCAAAAUCUGCUGAGGUGAACGGACGGCUCGCGCAUUUCUCUUGCAGGUAUUGAGAACCUGCCAUGCGAACUGCAGAGGAACUUCCAGUUGAUGCGGGAGCUGGAUCAGAGAACAGAAGACAAGAAAGCAGAGAUUGACAGCCUGGCAGCAGCGUACAUCGAGUCUGUGAAGAACAUGUUACCUGAGGAGAGAGUGGAGCACCUGAGGAAGAUCCAGAGUGCCUACAGCAAGUGCAGAGAGUACAGUGAUGACAAAGUGCAGCUGGCCAUGCAGACCUAUGAGAUGGUGGAUAAGCACAUCCGCCGGCUGGAUGCGGACUUGGCACGGUUUGAAGCUGAUCUCAAAGAUAAACUGGAAGGCAGCGACUUUGAAACCCCUGGAUCCCGAAGCCUGAAAAAGGGACGAAGUCAGAAAGACAAAAGAAGCUCUCGUGGUCGAGGCAGGAGAACAUCUGAAGAAGAUACACCAAAGAAAAAGAAGCUCAAGGGAGGGUCUGAGUUUGCUGAUACCAUCCUGUCAGUGCAUCCCUCGGAUGUCCUGGACAUGCCAGUGGAUCCCAACGAGCCCACGUACUGCCUGUGUCACCAGGUGUCCUAUGGAGAGAUGAUUGGCUGUGACAACCCAGAUUGCCCAAUCGAGUGGUUCCACUUUGCAUGUGUGGACCUGACCACCAAACCAAAAGGGAAAUGGUUUUGUCCUCGUUGUGUUCAGGAAAGAAAGAAAAAGAAGUAAAAAGUAGAGGGGGAUACACUGCCGAGGCAAGAAGAAUUUAAUAUAUUCCUUCAUUCAUGUUGCAAUA